UACCCGCUGCAUUGUGGGAGAAUAAACAAUCAGCUGACAUGUUCUCAGCCAUCGAUUAGAAACAUAUUCUACGUCUUUUUUAGCUUCAAGGGCGAACUAGUUGCCGUAUUUUGCAGUAAGUGGCGGUGAAGGGAGGAGAUGGAUGGGAUCUGGAAGGUGAUAGAGCUUCCAGGAAGUACAGGGGGUCUGCGCCUCAGGCUAAAGGUUAGGAGUUGUAAUGUCUGAAUCAAGUAGUACAGACUCUAGGUCCAUAUCCAGCCUCCCUGAUAACACUCAGCAGUCAUAUCUAGUCCAAGAAUCUUCAGGUGCUGCUCUCUCCACUCCUCAACCACAGCCUCAGCAAUCAGUUCCAUCUUCUUUAAACGUUAAACCAUCAUCACCAAACAUGGAGCACCUGCCACAGUCUACUUUACCUACUGAGGAAACUUCCCCUACAGAAAAUUCUUCAACAAUCUUAACUUCGGAACUCUCAUCUGGACAAGUUUCGUCCACUUCCAGUUCAGAGCAGUCUUCACCCACCGCUUCUACACCUGAAGAGCCACAGCUUGCAGAGGAACCUUCACCCUCUCAGGAAUCUCCACCUGGACAGCCUCCCACCUCAGGACAAGCCCCACCGCAGCAAGAGAAUGCUAAUGCGGGAAACAAUGCUCAGAAUAGAAAUAAUGCACAAAAUCGGCCGAAUAAUAACAACAAUGGUGGCCUGGCCAAUGUGAGAGAACGACUCUUUCAGGCACUCUUCUUCAGGUUGGCUGUAGCGUAUGCUCGUGCUUUCCCACAACCAAUGAGAAGAUUGAUUGAAUUCACUGUUUUACUAAAGGCCUUGACAACUUUGUUCCUCUUGGUCUACAUUCAUCUUGCUUUCACUCGAGCGCCCAUCACUUGCCUGGACCAUAUUCGUGAUGAUUGGCCCAGGGAAGGUAUUUUACGGGUAGAAGUCAUUAGGAAUCCAAGUGAAGAUUACACAGUGGAACAGAGUUACGAGAAGGAGGAGCGCUUGCAGCAGAGACAGCUAGAGUUUCUCGGUGCUCUUAGCUCUGAUAUCGAUAUUGUGUUGUUUUCUAGGUUGUUUGGCGGAGGCGACCCUGUGGUCACCGAUGGAGACGGUUCGGUGACAGAAAUGCACCCACAUGCUGAAUCAGAGGCUGGUGUUGAUGAGAGUGCUGAUCUUAGGACCUCUGAAGAAUCCAGUCCUGAGCAACUUGUAACUAUGUCACAGGACCUAAUAGGAGACACAGCAAAUCAUGGCUUACCCGAGUUCGAAAAAAGAGAAUUGGGAAUAUCAAAUGAAUCUUCUGCUCAAGUAGAAUACGAGCCACCCGAGGAUAAAGUUAUCGCUGACUUGACAAACGCUGCCUACGCCGAGUCAGACAUGUUCACUGCCGAGUCAGACAUGUUCACUGCCAACCAUACUGAAGAAGACCUGAUGGCUACCGUGCAUGAUGAUUCCCCCUUGCCAAAAAAGGAGCCUUUGGAAAUGCUUGCCAAAGCUGUAUGGCCAGAGGAUGAGUAUAUUGUGGAAUACUCACUUGAAUACGGGUUCCUGCGACUCUCACCAGCCACACGACAGCGUCUCAAUAUACCUGUCAAAAUUGUUACUCUGGAUCCUAUGAAAGAUGCUUGCUUUGGAGACUCGCUAUCAAGAUUUAUUCUGGACGAAUUUUUAGGCUAUGAUGAUAUCCUCAUGGGAUCUAUUAAGAGUUUGGCUGAAAAAGAAGAAAACAAAGGCUAUCUUCGCAGAAAUGUUGUUACUGGAGAGCACUAUCGCUUCGUGAGCAUGUGGAUGGGAGGCAGCAAUUAUCUGGCGGCAGCGUUUGUGAUGGUGGUGUUCACUCUGAGUGUAUCCAUGCUGCUGCGUUACUCGCACCACCAGAUCUUCCUCUUCAUUGUGGAUCUUCUCCAGAUGCUGGAACUCAAUGUGGCUAUCACCUUCCCUGCAGCACCCAUGUUGACUGUGAUUCUUGCACUUGUUGGUAUGGAAGCCAUCAUGUCGGAGUUCUUCAAUGACACCUCGACGGCAUUCUACAUUAUUGUGCUGGUGUGGGUUUGUGACCAGUAUGAAGCCAUCUGCUGCCACACGGCCAUCACUCGCCGUCACUGGCUCCGCUUCUUCUAUCUCUACCACUUUGCCUUUUAUGCCUACCAUUAUCGAUUCAAUGGCCAGUACUCUUGGUUGGCCCUUAUGACCUCGUGGCUCUUCAUAUUGCACUCGAUGCUCUACUUCUUCCACCAUUAUGAAUUGCCAGCAAUAUUGCAGCAGGCUCAGAUUCAGCAGCUUGGCCGUGUCCACACCGUUAAUAUUGUUCUCCGCAAUGUUCCCAAUAAUAACAACAAUAAUAAUAAUCAGAAUGGUACAAAUGCAGCCAACCCUGGUGCUGGUGAGAAUACUGCUGCUGGAGUUGGAGAUAAUGCCAAUGCAAGAGCAACUGGCACUAGAAAUGAUGGAGUACAACGGCCAAAUAUUCCUCCCAUGGUUAAUUUGGUGUUCCGAAAUAUGACAGGCGGUUUGGCAAACAACAGAAAUGGAAAUGCUUCACUAAGCUUUGUCUUUAGAAAUGUAAGAAAUAUUAUGCAGAAUCUUCAACAGAACACUGCAACGUCAACUUCUACAUCGGGUAGCACUACGACUACAGCAACUACAUCCAUUCCUAGUUCUAGUCCUAACAACGUGUCUACUACUACAUCAUCAUCUACCUAUAGUUCUGCCCCUAGUCACGAUGGAGUAUCAUCUACGACUACAGCCACAUCAACUGUAUUGGGAACACAGUCUGCUUCAGUAAAUCCAGUAUCCUCGGCUACUGGUGCUACCCCUCUCUCACCUCAACUUCCUGAAACAACACAGUAUGAUUCUACAAGCUCUUUUUCCUCAUCAUCCUUCACUUCAUCAUUGUUGACUUCGUCUCCAUUUACAAGUUCCAUUCGAGUGACUCCUGUUACAAGUUCAAUUGAAGUUACUCCUAUUUCAUCUUCAAGACAGUUAAAUAUUACAACUUCUUCAGAAACAAUAGAUAAUAAUGCUUCAGAUUCUACUAGCUCUAAAAGAACAUGUAGCACAUCGGUGACUCCAGACCUCGUCAGUUCGUGCAAAAAUAGCUUUCCUUUUGAAACUUCACCCGAUUCUUCACAAGAAACAUCUUCAGGUAAAGACAAGCAGUGCAAUUCAAAUACAUCGCCGGAUGACACGGUGCAUAAAGAUGGAAUAAGGUAUAAAGCUAUUCCAGUAGCUGCAGAUGAAAGAGAGAGCAAUAAUCACCCUUGUUGUGAGGGGCUACAAGAGUUUUCAUCCGAUUGUGGAAUGACAGAUGACACUGGCUCUGUACUCGGUGAUACUUCUGGCAUUAGAAAAUCAGUUGGUGCAAGUGGCAUUUUAAUAAAGGCAGACAAAAUGACGUGUAGCAGCACUACAACCGUGGAUCAUCCAAUAACACGAAAUUCGGAAUUAACGAACGAUGAUUGCCAAGCAGUAGAGGGUGGCAACAGCAGUGAUGUAAUAGUAGAACAUCUCCAAUCAGGACCAGAUGUCAGACAUUGUAUUACCUCUGACAGGCACUGUCACCACCGACCACAUUUAGAUAGUGAAAGCAGUGGUUAGUGAAUUCAAAACAUAGUCUUGUUUUUUAUUUAACAAAUUUGUGUAUAGAUAUAUUGUCACAUGCUUUUAGAAUAUUAAGAUCCUUUUUAUUAUUUACUAUAGUAUAUACUUUAAACACAACUGAAGUGGUGUUGGCAAAGAGAAGUGUAUUUUUCUUUUGCAGUUAUAAUAUAUAUGUAUAUCUAUAUAUUAUAUUUUUUGUUUAACAUUGAGAGAGAAGUUUAUACACUGGAUGGAAAUGUAGUUUAGCCCCUCCCAUUAUUACAUGUUUUCACAUUAAUAUAUUUAAUUCAUGUUGGGUCACAUGGCCAAUAAGAUUGAAGUUGUUUGUUCCACAGACCAAGACCACAGCAUAUUCUUCAGGUCACAGAUUUUGUUAGGUUUGUGGCUGAAAGGAUUGUGCCUCUGUUUUAGUUAAAUGAAAUGUGUGCAUUUUAAAUGUUACUUGCAUUUCCAUUGUUACCAUUGACAGAUUCUAAAUUUAAUAAAUAUGUCGGUAGUCAAAUCAAAACAUUGAUUAAUAUCAGAAUUACUAGUAUCAUUUUUUAACCAUGGAUGGCAUCAAUAAAAAUAAAUGAUUUUUUUAACAAAUUAAUGGUUACUAACUUGUAAAAUACUAAAUAAAUAAUUGGGUGAAUAUCGCCUCAGAAAUAUAUGCACAGCCAGGUGAAAACCAUUUAUGUAAGUAAGUACAUACGAAGCACUGUCCACACGGCCAGGAUCCAUCCUGCAUUUGUGUAUGUGUGCAUCUUUCCCUGGAUCAUGGUGGCUUAGUCUAUAUUAAAAGAUUUACAAGUUUGCAUCCCAAGGUUGUUGUUAUGAAUAACUGUAUACGGCUUGAGAGCUCAAACGGUUCAGUAGAUGUUGACUAAGCUGGCGUGGUCAUAGAAGGAUUCACAGGUGCUUUAAGUACACACAAGUAAUGCAUGACGAAUCCUGGUUCUGCUCUUGGGAGGAAGAGGAGUGCAGGCUGCUUGUAUGUGUGUGAUGCUCGAGACAGUUGUAUAACAAAUGGACGAGUGAUCAUUUUGUUUUUUAAUAGGUGAAAUAUUUGUCUUUGUUAUCCCACUAUAGUGUUUUUUCUAUAGCAUACCUCACCACCUCAUGAAAGUGGGAAUGUGAUGUUGUAAUUAUUUAAAAAACAUUUGUGACAUUGAAAUUUAGAGAUCAUAUGCAUUUUUUUUCCAAAUAUAAGCCUUAAGCCUUUAAAUACAAAAUAAUGUGAAUAAUAAGCAAUUUGCCACAAAAAGAGAUGGGGUGAGUGCACAUUACAAUACUAAACAAUA